CCUGCCUCAUUCACUCUGCCUUGCCCCAACCUGCGCGGAUGUUGCCUUUUGUGUGCCAACAAUAUUGUCAAACUUCAUGUGUGUGCCGCUGUCUUUGUCUGUGCCUGGCCUGGGCUCCCCUAACCCCACGCAACCACCCAUCCUUUGCAGAAUGUUUAACAGUACCGAUUUAAGGACUAACUCCAGCAGCCUCGUCAGCGCCGGCAUUGCCAAAUGCAAUGAGGAAAUAAUAAAUACAACAUUUUGAGGAAAUUGAAUUGUACGAGUAUGUGCUUAUACUCGUACCCAUCGCUGUCUCUGCUGGAGUGUGUAUCUCAUUGGAGUCCAUUCGAUUGGGUAAUUGUACAGUCGACAAAAGUUUGAAUAGGGUUUUCUUUCGCAUACAAGGUGCACAAGUAGGCCCAGAUUGUAUGGCAAGCCCAACACAAAAAUGAUCACAAAUCAUUCACUCAAUCAGAUUGCUGUCAAAUAUAAACAACAUAGAAAAAAGAGACGCCUAAAAAGAAGCAGAGAAUAGUUUUGCCCUAGGCAAGGUCCUUAACAAUCGAAUGGUCGUAUACAAACAGAAGAAGAUGUCCCUCAAGCCCGAUGAUAAAUGCUCGAUUUGCAAGGUUGUCAAGACUGAUCCAGUGUCCGCCCACUGCGGCCACUCGUUCUGCUGGGUGUGCAUCAACGAGUACUUGCUGGCCACUCGCUCCAACAAAAAGCGCUGCUGUCCAGUGUGUGCCGUCGACAUGGAGGCUCAUGUGGCCGGUUACGGAGAAAAACUGAAGGCGGAUGAUCGUAUGCUUCGCAAUUACACCAUGGGGGAUGACAUCAAUGGCGACUGUUUCAUUUGCGUGCGUCCCAAGAAGGAUCCGGUGGCCACACAUUGCGGACACUCGUUUUGCUUGGAGUGCCUCAAGGAUUACUUGUUCUUCAACAAACACACCAAGAUACGUCGCUGCCCCAAGUGCCACGUCAGUAUUGAAUCUGAUUUUGCCAUUAAGAAAUGAUGGCUCAUAGAUAAAUAAAUGUGAAUGCUGGGCCAAGUGCCAUGGA